AUGUCAGGCCUCGACAGCAGUCCAAGAGCAACAGGCGAGGAGUCUUUAUCGCCACUGGAGCAGGAAGUACUGGAUGAAUAUGUCCGAUUGGCAGGAAAUCUCGGAGAUCUCUCUGCUCUUCUCAAUGAUCUCGCUUCUCGUCCCAGUGCAGAGAUUCUUGACGCACUGAGGGGUCUGGAGAGAAAGACAUCGACGGUGUUUACUCUGCUCAAGGCUAGUGUUUACUCCAUCGUCUUGCAGCAAGAGAUCCGCGAUGACGAAGCCGCUUGA